GUUUCAUCGAAGCAGCAGCUGCAGUACGUCAAUGAAUUACAUGUUUUCUACAGGCGUCUAACUUCAAAAGUGCACACAACGUUUUAUGUCCGAUCAUACUUUUAAAGUCGGUGAGAUCUGAUUUGCACGAUGAUGGAAAGCAAUUCGGAAGAUUCUGAUGAGUGGCAUAAGUCAUUGCUUUGGCUCUCCUAAUUUUGUUUUUGACGCAGUUGUAAUGCAGAGCUAGAAAAUAACCACUGUUUUGCCGUAUUUGAAUCACCUUCGUCCUUUUCCAUUUGUCAUAAUUGCAACGCGGUUAUAGGUGGCAUAAAUGACCUUUCGUCGUUGCGGCAAAGUGUCUCAGUUGGUCCUUCAGUGCGCAGACCUGGCUCGUGUUGGUUUGAGAAAGCAUCAGCAGCACUAACAUCAGCAAGCUAAUUAACCAUGACCAUUCCGAAGGAUAUACCAGAAAAAUGGUUUCCUAUAGUGGUGCCACUCAGCAGAAAGAAGCUGCAAGGUCUCACCGCUGCUACCAGCAGCCUGGAGACAGAGGAGGAGAGGAGGGUGAGAGCAAAUGAUCGGGAGUACAAUGAGAAGUUCUACUAUGCGAAUAACUGCAUCAAGACAUCUAAAUACAAUAUCAUCACAUUUCUACCUGUCAACCUGUUUGAGCAGUUUCAGGAAGUGGCAAACACUUACUUCCUUUUCCUCCUCAUAUUACAGUUGAUUCCACAAAUUUCCUCUCUUUCCUGGUUCACUACCAUUGUGCCUUUGGUCCUUGUGCUGACUAUUACAGCGGUUAAGGAUGCCACUGAUGACUAUUUUCGCCAUAAGAGUGAUAACCAGGUGAAUAACCGACAGUCUCAGGUGCUAAUAAAUGGGAUCCUUCAAAAUGAAAAAUGGAUGAAUGUUCGUGUUGGUGACAUUAUCAAGCUGGAAAAUAACCAGUUUGUGGCAGCAGACCUGUUAUUGCUGUCUAGCAGUGAACCACAUGGACUGUGUUAUAUUGAAACUGCAGAGCUUGAUGGAGAAACAAAUAUGAAAGUUCGUCAGUCAUUGCCAGUAACAUCUGAACUAUGCGACACAAGCAAACUGGCCAAGUUUGAUGGUGAGGUGAUCUGUGAGCCCCCUAACAAUAAGCUUGACAAGUUCUGUGGGAUGCUGUACUGGAAUGAGAAUAAAUACGCACUAAGUAAUCAGAAUAUGCUGCUGCGGGGAUGUGUAUUGCGUAACACAGAGUGUUGCUUUGGGCUUGUCAUCUUUGCAGGACCAGAUACCAAACUCAUGCAAAAUAGUGGAAGGACAAAGUUCAAGAGGACAAGUAUUGACCGCCUGAUGAACACACUUGUUCUCUGGAUCUUUGGCUUUUUGGUUUGUAUGGGUGUAAUCUUGUCAAUUGGAAACACCAUUUGGGAGAAGGAGGUUGGCUUCCUGUUCCAGAUUUACCUGCCUUGGGACAAGGGUGUGGACAGUGUAGUCUUCUCAGGCUUCCUUUCAUUCUGGUCAUACAUCAUCAUUCUCAACACCGUGGUGCCGAUUUCUCUCUAUGUGAGUGUUGAAGUGAUCCGUCUAGGCCACAGUUAUUUCAUCAACUGGGACAAGCGUAUGUAUUGCCAGAAAAAGAAUACACCAGCAGAAGCCCGCACCACAACACUUAAUGAAGAACUGGGGCAGGUGGAAUACAUCUUCUCAGACAAAACUGGAACCCUCACUCAGAAUAUAAUGACUUUUAACAAAUGCUCCAUCAAUGGAAAGACAUAUGGUGAGAGUUGUGAUACUUUGGGACCCCAAUCAAAAAUAAGACAGAAGGCACCGCCCCUUGACUUCUCCUUCAAUGCCCUAGCAGAUCACCACUUUGCCUUCUAUGACCAAAACCUACUAGAGGCUGUCAAGAUUGCAGACCCUUCUGUGCACGAAUUUUUCCGUCUGCUAUCUCUGUGCCAUACUGUCAUGUCUGAAGAGAAAAAUGAAGGUGAAUUGUACUAUAAAGCCCAGUCUCCAGAUGAAGGAGCACUUGUCACAGCAGCAAGGAAUUUUGGUUUUGUAUUUCGUUCUCGGACCCCAAAAACUAUCACAGUACAAGAAAUGGGAAGGCCAAUCACCUACCAACUUCUGGCCAUUCUAGAUUUUAAUAAUAUCCGAAAACGCAUGUCCGUUAUAGUUCGGAAUCCAGAAGGAAAAAUCAGGUUGUAUUGCAAAGGAGCUGACACACUAAUCUUUGAAAGACUGCACCCUUGCAACCAGGACCUGAUGAACAUCACAACAGAUCACAUAAAUGAAUAUGCUGGUGAUGGCCUACGCACUUUAGUCCUUGCAUACAAAGAUCUGUCAGAGUCAGAAUAUGAGGACUGGUCAGAGCGCCACCAGUGGGCCAGCAGAGCAUUGGACAACCGUGAGGAACGUCUGGCUUCUGUCUAUGAGGAAAUUGAGCAGGACAUGAUGCUUUUGGGAGCCACUGCUAUUGAAGACAAGCUCCAAGAAGGAGUACCAGAGACUAUUGCUAUUCUCACUCUUGCCAACAUCAAAAUUUGGGUGCUGACUGGAGAUAAACAAGAGACUGCUGUGAACAUUGGCUACUCCUGUAAGAUGCUAACUGAUGACAUGACAGAGGUGUUCAUUGUGACAGGUCAUACCGUCCAAGAGGUCAGAGAAGAGCUCAGGAAAGCUCGUGAGAAAAUGAUGGAUUCCACCAGAACUCUGGGCAAUGGCUUUUCAUGCCAGGAAAAACUCAGUUUUCCUAGAAUUGCGUCUGUUCUGGAAGCUAUACCUGGAGAGUAUGCAUUGGUCAUUAAUGGACAUAGCCUGGCCCACGCUCUAGAGGCAGACAUGGAACAGGAAUUCCUAGAAACUGCCUGUGCCUGCAAAGCGGUCAUCUGCUGCCGAGUCACACCCUUACAGAAAGCACAGGUGGUAGAGCUGGUCAAGAAAUACAAAAAGGCAGUCACCUUGGCCAUUGGAGAUGGUGCCAAUGAUGUCAGCAUGAUCAAAACAGCCCAUAUUGGUGUAGGCAUCAGUGGUCAGGAAGGGAUCCAAGCUGUUCUGGCCUCUGACUAUUCUUUUUCUCAGUUCAAGUUCCUUCAACGCCUUCUGCUAGUUCAUGGCCGCUGGUCCUAUCUGCGUAUGUGCAAGUUUCUCUGCUACUUCUUCUACAAGAAUUUUGCCUUCACCAUGGUGCACUUCUGGUUUGGUUUCUUCUGUGGCUUUUCUGCACAGACUGUGUAUGAUCAAUACUUUAUCACACUGUACAAUAUUGUGUACACAUCAUUACCUGUCUUGGCCAUGGGUGUUUUUGACCAGGAUGUCCCCGAGCAGCGCAGUUUGGAGUACCCAAAGUUAUAUGAGCCUGGUCAGCUCAAUCUACUCUUCAAUAAACGCGAGUUCUUUAUCUGCAUUGCUCAAGGCAUCUACACCUCAGUGGUGAUGUUUUUCAUUCCUUAUGGGGUCUUUGCAGAGGCUACAAGAGAUGAUGGCGCUGAACUUGCUGACUAUCAGUCAUUUGCUGUAACUGUUGCCACCUCACUUGUUAUCGUUGUCAGCGUCCAGAUUGGGCUGGAUACUGGCUAUUGGACUGCAAUCAAUCAUUUUUUCAUCUGGGGCAGUUUAGCGGUUUACUUUACUAUUCUGUUUACCAUGCACAGCGAUGGGCUCUUCUCUCUUUUUCCUAACCAGUUCAGAUUUGUAGGCAAUGCCCAGAAUACCCUGAAACAACCAGCCGUCUGGUUUACCAUCAUCUUGACCACUGUUGUGUGCAUCAUGCCAGUGGUGGCCUUCAGGUUUCUCAAACUGGACCUAAAGCCCCAACUAUCUGAUACGGUUCGCUAUACUCAACUGGUGCGUAAGAAGCAAAAGCCACAGAACCGCCGCUUGCGAAGGGUAGGCCGCACAGGUUCCCGGCGUUCAGGUUAUGCCUUCUCCCAUCAGGAAGGCUUUGGUGAACUUAUCAUGUCAGGCAAGAACAUGAGGCUGAGUUCACUGGCACUCUCUAGCUUUGCCACUCGCUCCAGUUCCAGUUGGAUUGACACCCUACGUAAGAAGAAGCCCACUGAUGGCACAGCAGCAUCCACACCUCAGUCUGGAACUUCACAAACCGGAUUAGCGACUGGAGUGUUGCAGGGAGCGCAGGUUGCAGCUGGAGUGUUACAAGGGGCGCAGGUCGCAGCUGGAGUAUUGCAGGGAACACAGGUCGCAGCUGGAGUGUUGCAAGCAGCGCAGGGUUUCCAGCUGGAAGAGCUGACGCAAGCAGUGCAAGUAUCCUCAGUUAACCUACAGGUGAUAACUGGAGGACCAUUUGAAACUGCAGCUGCCAAAGAGACACAGGACCCCCCAUUAAGAGCCGGGAUUAGCCUUGAAGAGCUCAAUGCAGGACCACUUUUCACUUUAGAGGACAGCAACCAGGAAGAGUGAAAGUAGUCCAGUUUUGGAAGGAAAUAAGCAACUAGUGUAUUUAUAUAUCAACAUAUAAAUAUCUGUUCGUUCUCGGUGAGAACACCAUGCUAUGACUUUACUGUUUUCCCUUUGUUCGAAGGGGUGGCUUUCAAGGGCCCCUGGAAGCAGUAAAAUAACAACAAAAAAACCCCACAAAAAAACAAAGAAUUGCUAACAGAACCUUCUUAUGCUGUGUUUCAAAAAUGGCUGUAGCUACCACUCUAGAGAAAGAAACUCCACACAUAACUAUCUAUCUAUAUAUAUAUUCAUAUAUUUAUAUGCUAUUCUCGAUGAGAAUUCUAUACAGUGAACUCAUUAUUUGCCUGUUGGAAAAAUGUCAUUGUCCGCCAUAUUGGCGUGUCUUGAGAGCUCAGUGUUUUGGUCGGAUCUUUGAGGAGCCCCAAUUAAAUAAAAAAAAAAAAAUGACUGUUUCUGGGUCCACACUUUUAUAAAUCUACUAGAUCACAGAUUCAGUGUAUGUCUCCUAUGUGUAUGUGUAUAUAUGUGUGUGUGUGUGUGUGUGUGUAUAUAAUAUACAGGGUUGUCCAGAUCUAAUUAUGCAAUUAUUGCAUUGCAUUAAAGGUUGCAUAGUUAGAUCUGGACCACCCUAUAUAUAAAAUAUAAUGUACACACACACAUAUAUACAUCUUUUUUUUUUUUUUUUGUCAUGGCAGAGAAGACCUUCACUGUUUGGAUGUAAACUAAUUAAGCCAAAUUGUAUUUAUCAUAGAGUACCUCAAAAAGGAAGAAGGAAGUGCUCAGUGAUGUUUGAAAUUGUGUCAGCCGUUAGACUGAUCUGAGAUGUGUUACCGGAUUCUGAGCUGCUUUUCGGAUAAUGAUUGUAAAAUUGUAUAGGCAGCUUCUGUGUUUGCAGUCCAAAUAUGUACUACAAGAGGACACUGUAACUAUUGUACAGAAGAAAGAAUGAAAACUAAGACAAGAGAUGUUUUAAAUGUAUGCACAACUAAACACAAAGGAAAUAAAUGUUUUUUUAAUUU